AAUGGAUCAAUUGGCUCUCAAGAAACUCGUUAAUAAACUAAUUGAUGAAAAGCUCAAACUAGUUUGUGAAGAAUGUCGCAAGAAAACAACCCAAAAAAAACUCGGAUAUCAUAAUUUCAACAUUUCCAUUCAACCAACACCAAUCAACUUUGAUUUUAGUAUCGACAAUGAGAACAAGGAAAACUGCCUUUCAUCCAAUAGAAAUGCAAAUAGAGUCAAAGCAUCCAAGAGUUAAGCCCUUGAUCUAGGACAAUAGAUAUUUAAUGCAGAUAUAAGGUAUGUAAAGAUAUCUAUUAAUUCAAAAGUGUAAUUAGACCAAUUUCUUAAUUUUCAAGUCCAACGAUUAAAGCAUCUCGAAAAAAAUCUAUGCCUUUUCUCAAAAAGGAGACACAAACGACUUAUGAGAAAGUACUUAAGUCGAAGAAGUGA